UGUCACCGAGGGAAACGUUUCCGAGCGAUGACAAUGUUGGGCAUGUACGUGCCAGACAGAUUUUCCCUGAAAUCGUCCCGGGUCCAGGAUGGGAUCGGUCUGUACACGGCGAGGCGAGUGAAAAAGGGGGAAAAGUUUGGACCGUUUGCAGGUGAGAAGAAGCUGCCCAGUGAGCUGGAUGAAAGCUCGGACACCAGGCUGAUGUGGGAGGUCCGCGGCAGUAAAGGAGACGUGCUGUAUAUUCUGGAUGCGAGUAAUCCCCGCCAUGCCAACUGGCUGCGGUUUGUCCAUCAGGCGCCUUCUCAAGAACAGAAGAACUUGGCAGCCAUUCAGGAUGGAGAGAACAUCUUCUACCUGGCUGUGGACGACAUCGAGACGGACACUGAGCUCCUGAUAGGCUACCUGGACAGCGACAUGGAGGAAGAGGAGGAAGAGGAAGAAGAAGUCAUUAAAGAUGAAGACGACAACAGUAAAGAGGCCAAGCAUCUUGUGGAAAUGGAACUGGUCAUAAAGAAGGAGGACCACCCUUGUUUGCUGUGCGAGAGCAGCUUUCCCAGCGAGGAGAUCCUGGCCGCCCACCUCCAGAGUCUGCACCAGAGGCCCAGCACCGAGGAGAAGGAGUUCAAAUGCAGGAACUGUGGAAAGAGGUUCCCCGUCAAACAGGCUCUGCAGCGCCAUGUUUUGCAUUGUUCGGAGUCCCUGGAUCCAUCUGGUGACUCCAAACCUCACCUGUGCUCGAUCUGCCACAACACAUUCAGCUCAGAGUCCAGUUUUGAGCAGCAUAAAGAAGCCUGUAAAGGAGACGCCAGGUUCAUAUGUAAAGCCGAGAGCUGCGGCAAAAGAUUCAAGAGCAAAGAUGCUCUGAAGAAGCAUAAAGGAAAUGUUCACACAGGCAGUGCGCGAAGGAAACUCACUUGCACCAUAUGCAACCGAAAGUGCUCCUCCUCUCUGAAUCUGCAAGAGCACAGGAAGGUGCAUGAAAUAUAUGAGUGCCACGCGUGCGACAAGAAGUUCAUCUCUACCAAUCAGCUGAAGCGCCACUUGAUCACACACUCCGAGAAACGACCUUACACCUGUGAGAUCUGCAGUCGCUCGUUCAAGCGUUUGGACCAGGUGACAGCUCAUAAGAUCAUUCACAGUGAAGACAAACCGUACAAGUGCAAGCUGUGUGGGAAAGAGUUCGCCCACCGCAACGUCUACAAGAAUCACAAGAAGACGCACUCGGAGGAAAGACCCUUCCAGUGCGAGGAGUGCAAAGCGCUGUUCCGCACCCCCUUCUCUCUGCAGCGCCACCUCCUCAUCCACAACAGUGAGAGGACAUUCAAGUGCGACCAGUGUGACGCCACCUUCAAGAGGAAGGACACGCUCAACGUCCACAUCCAGGUGGUGCACGACGGCCACAAGAAGUACAAGUGCGACCUGUGCGAGAAGGCCUUUGUCACGCCGUCUGUCCUCAAGAGCCACAAGAAGACACACACCGGGGAGAAGGAGAAGAUCUGCCCCUACUGUGGACAAAAGUUUGCCAGCAACGGCACGCUACGGGUCCACAUCCGCAGCCAUACAGGCGAGCGUCCGUACCAGUGUCCCUACUGUGACAAGGCAUUCAGCAAGAACGACGGCCUGAAGAUGCACAUCCGCACACACACUCGCGAGAAGCCGUAUAAAUGCAGCGAGUGCAACAAGGCCUUCAGCCAGAAGAGAGGACUGGACGAGCACAUGCGAACCCACACGGGGGAGAAACCUUUCCAGUGUGACGUGUGCGACCUGUCGUUCAGUCUGAAGAAGAUGCUCAGCAGACACAAGUUGACACACAACCCGAACCGGCCAAUGGCAGAGUGCCAGCUGUGCCACAAGAAGUUCACCAGGAACGACUACCUCAAAGUGCACAUGGAGAACGUCCACGGGGAGACGGAGAGCUAGAGGCCGCUGGAAACCAGAUCCCACUCCUCAGAUGACGUUCAUGCUUCAUGCUGCCUGUGCAGCUUGGAGCAUGCCCUGUACUGUGCACUCGUGGAGCGAUUUCAGAAAACAGAAUUAACGAUACACGGAAGUACAACUUAAAAAGUAUCUCGGGCAGUUCAGCUCAAUUUUUCAACUGCUUUUCCUCAUCAUUCCCAUCUUUCAACUUUUAAUCCAUUAUUUAACUUUAUUUCAGACAUUUCUACUUUAUUUCCCAAUAUUUUAACCUUUGUUUGUUAUUUGUUAUUUCUUUCCUGUCCUGACAUCUUGCCUUCAUUUCUGACAUUCACACUUUACUCUCGGCAUUCGACUUCUUUCUCAGCAUCUUAACGUCGACUGACCUCUCACUUCAUUCCAACAUUCUGAAUUCAUUCCAACAGAUUUCAACAUUUUUCAUUUCAUUUCUUGUAAAUUUCGUCUUUGUUCUUGACAUUCAACAUUAUUCUGACUUUAUCCACCUCUUUCUUUUCUCCUGAUCGGUUGUUGUUGUACUUCACUGCAGUCUGAAAGCCUCACUGAUGCUCAUUUCACUAAAAGCUCGACUGAAACCUUUACAUGGCGAGUUUUACCUCAGAGCUACCUUCACUCUGCAGGUCCAGACACUCCAUUCCAUCCCUCUCCUGGGAUCACACGUGUUCUUCAUGGUUUGAGUAGUUAAACAUGGCUGCCAUCAGAAUCCAGUGUAUAGUUUACAGAUAUGUUUACAGAAGUGCCAUUUCUUCAAAUUUAAGACAGGAUUGUGUUCCUCCUGGAAAUAGAUCAUAAACUCUUGCAGAAUGUUUUUUUCCUUGCAACUAUGUGCCUUGUAUUAAGGGAGGUUGUUUUAUAUUCCUAAUGCAAUAAAUAUGGAAGUGAUAUUUACUCGGACACUUAAAACAGUCAAAUAUUUGUCACAUAUGGACAAAAAAAAAAGUGAGAUUUCAGCCCGUUUUACCAGCAGUGUGACUGUAUUCUAGAUUUUCUACCUGUUUACACAUUUGUGUUGCACCUUUUUGAUUUGGAAAUACACACACACACACACACACAUAUGCACACACACACACCAUCGACUGUGCCAAAUCAGAAAACACAUUGCUGCCUCUACAAGAAACAUGCUCGACAUGUAUCACAACAGCUCACAAAUGAAAUAUUUCUGUUUACGUCAUGGCCAGAUACUAUAAACAUAA